GUAGGAAGGGUAGUAACCUUUACUUAAUAAUGAUAAUCAUUAAAAUCUUCGUUACUGUGAGAUUUGGUUGGAUACACUCCUUUUCUGUUUGAACUGUUGUCUCAAACAUAAAAUCCUGUCUCAGUUAUCCCUGUGGUGUAGGAAAAUGAACAGUUGCUUGCUUGUUUUAUAUGUUUUUAGUAGUUGGAGACAAGCCUGUCACUAAGAUCUAGAAGCCACGACUGGAGCGUGCGAGCAGCCUCCUUAGUGAUGCACGUUAGCUAGGGGACCUCUGGGGACUCUGCUGGUUCCAGUUCUUUGGAUAUUUGGGAUGUUUUGGAUCCAAAGCUGUGACUCUCACGUGCUCUGUGAAUGAUAAUGAAAACAGUGGAAGGAAAUCUCUUGUUGUUUGUGAUUUACUUUUAAAAAUGUAGUAUGUUUUUAGGGAUAAAGCAGAAAGUUUAUCCAAAGAUAGGUCACGAGAGCUUUGCUUAUCAUAGGACUACUGGUGUCACUCCAUUGUAACACUUUGCUACCAAUGUUCAAGGCAGAUAAGGCUGUAGCAGAAGAGCAAAAUGUGCUCCAUGCAGUAUUGUUCAUGUAUCACUGCUUAUCAGUAUUGUCCAUCACCUGUAGAAAGGUGCGGGGAGCUUUUCUUCAUGGAUAUAGUUCACUAGAUUCAUCCUCCAGCUGAUGUGUCAAUAAAAUAAACUAAUAACAGUGCCAAGCUGCAAGAUACUGAAGUAUUUAUUUAAUUCUAACGGGGUUCAGAUAUGAGGUACUGAACUUGCUUUCUGUGCUUUGUGAUUUAGGGCUUAAAUCAGGUGGAAGGAGGGUAGCAAAUGUGAUACUUUCCUUAAAGAGGUAUUCCAAGACUGUGCUAGGGAAAUAGAGAUUUCCCUGACAAGCAAAUUAGCAGGAAACUUGACUAUGAAUAAAUAUGAUAUAUGAUGGGAGAGUUAAUGGGGGUGUUGAGUCAUACAUCGCAAAAGAGUUCUCUGAACUGGUUGGUACAGUUUGUUUGGAUUUUCAAGAAGCUUUCGACAAGUUUCUUCACACAAAGCUUUUAAUUUCUUUAAGCUGUUAUAGGAGAAGAGAGAUGUUGUCUAAUUGAUUAAUAACUGUUUAGGAAUAGAGUGUGAAUGAAUACAGAGUUACCAGCUGAGUCUCCCAAGAACAAAUAGCAUUCAAAACACUCAUAAAUGGUUUAGAAAAGGAGAGCGGAAAAGUGAGGUGGCAGCAUUUAUAGAAGAUACAAAAUUAUUCAGGCUAGAUAAAAGUAGAGGUGUUUGAGAGACCAUACUGCAACUUUUCAGUGUUUUAAAAACAGCUGAAAUGCAGCAAAUAAAAUGUUAGAAUAUUUUUGGAAAAUAAAAAACAAAACAAAAUUUCAGUGUGCUAGUGCACAACCAAAGCUAACCUAUAUCUUGAAUAUUGUCAGUGGUGCAGGUCACCCCCUCUUAGCAUGGGUAUAAUACAAUUUGUUUAGGCUGGAAAGAAAAUGAGUAACCUGGUAAUGGUCUCUAAUAUUCUGAAUUAUAUGGGGAAGGUGAACUGAUUAUCGUCAUCUUAUAAUAUGGGAAGUACCAACAGCAAAAGAAAUUAGCAGGCAGUAGAUUUAAAGCAAUCAGAAUGAAAUACUUUUUUUGCAGAGUAAAAGUGAAAAAGUUCACACUUUUUUUUACAGUCAUAAAUCUUGGCAACAAGUUAAAAUUAUAAUUAUACCCCUUAUGCUAAGAGUGUGGAUCAGAUGGGGAGUGCAAACACAAAUGGCCUCAUUAGAACAUCUGGCCUGAAGUUGCUGGAGCAUGAAAGCUGGGACAUGACAGGGAAAGGAUCACUCUGUACGUGUCUUGCUUUUUAUACUUCAUCUUUCAGCAUAUGUCAUUAGUGGCUGUCGGGAAAAGGACAGUAGGCAAGAUAAACUCUUUCAGAGGAAUGUAUGUUCUACCAUAACAGGGUCAAGCAGAAAAAUUUAACAAUGGAUUAACCAUCCAUCUGGAUGCUGUUGCUUUCAUGGAUGUCUAGGAAUAGGAAGGAAUGAAGGAGAAUUGCAUAUAAAUAAAAAGUAGUGAAAUCUAUUUUGUGGCACUAUUUUUUCCAAGAAGUUUUAACUUUAAUGCCUGAAGAAACUGAUAUCCCAAAGUUUGCAUUAGUUGAAAUAACAGCUACCUGAUUAAUGGAGAAAAUUAGACUGAAAUUAGACAUUCGUUGAAAUUAGACAUGUCAUUCGUAAGGUUAGAAGUUUCUGAUGAUCCUGACCAGAAAUUGGUGUCAUAUACAGCAUAUAAAAAGCAACAAAGGCUGCAGCUGGCCUUGAAGUGAAAUUAUGUUAAGUCAAAAUACUUGUUAUUCCACUGUCAUCUAUAGUUUACAGAAUCAAACUUAUACCAUAGAAGCAUGUUGACACUGGGAGUUGUGUUGUUCAGUUGUCACUGUUUUGGGGGGGAGGGUUUGUAUGUGUGCAUGGGUGUUAAGGCUUCUGGUUUGUCAUACAGUGAUUUUUCCUCAACAGUUCAGAUGGGGAAGGUUGGUCAGUGAUUCUUCUUUUUGUGGGACAAGCCUGGAAGUGCUAAGACUUUUUGAGAGUUUUUUUUUUUUAACUUUUUUCAGAGGAGGUAAAGUGGUUAAAAAGAGGAAAAAAAAGGCUAAAAGCAGUAAAGGUACAUAAAGACUGCUUUUAUACAAUUUCCUGCUUCUCAUUAACCCUAAGUAGGAGUGAAAAUACUAAUACUUAGAUUUUAUGUUUGCCGUGUAUCCGUAUUUUUAAGAUUUCGCAUGAGCGGUAAUUAGAUAAACUAAGCUAACUACCAAAAAAAGUUAUCUCCCUCGAUUUAGCAACCCAUGUUGUGUAGAUUGCCACCUAUCUUUUUUUCUCUCCUGGCAAUCCAGAAAAGUUCAUGAGGCAUUGAUUAAAGUAAAGAAUAUGUGUGCAUUUUGUGAAGCAGUUCUAACAUUCCUUUGUUUCGUCUGAUUGACUUCAGUUAAUUUUGGCCUCAGUCCUGCAAAUGCAUGUUUUAGAUUGCACUUCCCAGUGGAAUUUGCCUGUACAAAAGUUGUUUGUAGGAAAAAAAUGCUGGACUGUGGGUUGUGGUAGCCCAAAUUCAUGUUCAGUGGUACAAUGGAAACUAUCGUAUUUAAAGGCCAUUUAAAACUUUUGCAAAAUUUUAAGUUAAUUAGAACCAUCUUUAACUUGCAUGCAACUUCAAAACAUUAAUUUGACUAAACGUGUCUAUAAUAUCCAGUGAAGUCAGAUAGUGCUGUGUAUUUUUCAGUUAUUAUCAUAUUUCAAAGGUACAGUCUUAAACCUUGUUGGAAAUAACUUCUUAUUUUAAACUUUGCAUUCUUAGAAUAGUCACUGAAUUACCAUGUUUAGAACUGCAUUUUUAUUUCAAAUAAUUGUGAACAGCUGGAAUUCUGCUUCUUUGAAAUAGAGGUAUACCUGCUUGGGCACUGAAUGAAGACUUUGAGGUUUUACAAAUUCAGUAGAAUUGUAAAUUAAAUUAAUGAGCAUAGUAAAAUUCAGAGGAAUCAUAUUCUUUAUAUAACUAUACCUUAGUAUAUAUGAGUGCAACACUUGAUUGAAAAUAAAAUGUAAUUUUUGGGACAGAUAGUUAAAAGCAUUAAGGAACUUCAGAAAAUGAUCCGUUUUGUCUACGGAAUGACAGGUUUCUUUUCUCAGUCUUUUUUAAAAUGAAGAUCUCGUUGAUGGUUAAGAGGAAGGUAUAGUGGAUUAAAAAGAAAGUGCUUCUUUAGCUGUUCUGUUAUUUAAGAGGUUCAUCUCCUAUGUAACACUUGGGCAUUUCUGGAGGCUCUCUUUUGCCUAUAACCUCUGCGCUACCAUCUCAGCUGCUGUUUUGCCCUUGUUUCAUUCUCCACCCUCAUCUUCCCUAAACAACUUCUGCUUUUAUGUUUACAGAAAAACAUCAGACAUCAAUAAUGCUCCUAAUGACUUUCAGGAACUUUCUCUCUUGCAGGUGAAAUAGUAAGAUAUUCAGUAUUAGGAGUUAGGAAAGAGUUAGGAAAGAAAGCCUAAUUCCUUGGCCUAAAAUAUUAUCUGUAUAUUUGCAUGUGUUAAAAUAAUUUUUAUACAGUGCAUCAUGUUUGGAAUGUGAUUUCAGUAAUCAUACUAUAGGAUGGCGGCUUGUUUUAUUUGUGGGUAAUUUUGGUGGAGUAGCAUAUUGUCUGCAGUUACAAUUUGCUGUCACCCGUUGCUUAUACUUGAAAAGAUGACUCUCUUGAGUGCACUCAGGUCUGCACGCUGACCUGGGUUGCCAGCUCAUAGUAUUUGUGCUCUUCAUUGCCUUCACAGCUAGAUAUUACUAGGAAAAUCCAUAGUAGUUGUUGCAACUGUAAAAUAGGGGAGUGAGAGAGCAGGGUGGAUAAUAUAGCUUCACUUUCUCCUGGAAAUAGUCAUAAAUAUUUGUGAAACGUUCUGUCACUAAGAUGACGAGCUCUUAAAUAAGACUGUGAGGAAAUAACUCUGUUCCUGUAGACUUUGUAUGGGGUGCAUGGAAUAAGGCAGGAGCACUAAGUGGAAGAUAGGGAAAAGUAUAUUAUGCAGCUUUCUCAUUCCUCUCUACUGAAUGAGAAAUCGGAAUUGAGGAAAAGUAGAAUGCGUUCAUGUAAUUAGACUGUAUUCUUAUGUAUAAAUGCAAGGAGACCAUACAGAACAUAAUUUCUAGUACUGCUUAAUUUUUGAUGAUGAAAAUACUCUUUAGCAUAUUUUUUCCCAAUAUAAUGUGCAUUUAAAUAUUCAUGGUAUAUAUAAGUCUAAUAGUUCAUCUGUGUAAGAUCUGUGGGAGACUUGGUGGAAGAGGCUUUUUGUACCAUAAGUAUAGAGCUACUAAGCUCCUGUCUUGAACUCAAGAUAAGAAACAUUUGCUACUAUGAAGAAUUAGUAGACUAAGAUUCCUCAGUCUUGAAAAUAAAUGAUUGAGAAAGGACUUGUCAGUGGUCUGCAAAUCAUGGUAGACCUGGAUGUGGGCUAUCUCUUCCAAUACAAGAACUAGGGAGUAUCAAAACUAGUGGAAAUCAUAUUUAAAACAAAAAAAGGGGGGAGUGAUCAUUGAUCUGACCACAAAUAGCCAUCUUUAUUUUCUUCUGUGUCUUCUUCAGCAAAUUAAUAUGCCUUUCAGGGGAAGCACACAUAAUUAGUGGUGGAUUUUUUUAAUGUAUUUCUGAUAUGUCUCCUACUAGAUUUCAUCUUCUGCAAAGUUGAUUUUUUUAAUAGCAGUUUCUGUAAUAAACCUAAUUCAUUUGUUCUCAUAAUCUAAUCACAAACAACAUGAGUUUGUUAAUUUUGAAAUUAUUUAUGACAGUUUCAUUUUUGAAUGACUCACAAGUUAUGUUGCUUGAAAGUUGAAGAAGGGAAAGAUGAUUUUAUUUUAAAUCAUUAAGAAAAACUAAAACUUUGGUCAUUUUGAACUUAUGGUUUCUACUAAGAAAAUGUCUGUCCAACAAAUCUGGGCUAUGCCAGCACAAUUCUGUGAAAAAGUAUAUGAAGAUUCAGCUUUGCAAGUCACCUGCUGUUUUCUGAGCUCCUUUUGCAGAAGUUUUGGCAGCAGGAUCAGCAGCUGUCUUGCAGGCAGCAGCAGUUGGAAGAGAAGGCAGGCACUGAUAAACUGCUUCUGGAAGAUCUUUUCUUAGACAUGCCCAGAAAUGGCACCGUACUAAUGAAGCAAGCAUCGCCUGGAAGGAAAAGAUUAUAUGGCUGACCUGGAGCGACCUGUGCUGGUUGAAAAGUAGGAGAAUGAGAGACUACCUUCCUGGAAAUCCCUGGGUUGAGCCUGCACCUGCAGUGUCAGCAUACUUUCAUGGGAACUCUUGUAAAUGUUAGAAGCAUGUGGCCUCCCGUGUCAUGGAAUUUACCGCAUCCUGUAACUGCUGUUAAGUAAUAAAUCAGUUUGAAACACAGUGCAUGUGCAUUAUGAUUAGGAAGGAAGUGUCAGUUUAGUUUAUGGUAUCCCAAACAUUUGCUUGGGAGGUUAUGGGUGAAUUUGUCUCAGGGGAUUUCUGAAUUACCCAGGAGAAGUUAACGAAUUCCCAUGGGUGACAAGAAAUAGGAUCACUGUAUGUAUGUAUUUAAUUUAAAUUUUAAACACACAUUUCUCUUUUGUGUCUCAAAAUCUGCCUAACCAAGAGCUCCUACAGCUGAGAUAGGCGAUGAAGAACGAUGUUUUUGUUAAAGCCCAAUUAUCAUGAUAAGAGUGUGUCACAUGUGGGUGCUUGUGGUGAACCAGACCAAACUCAGGGCUACGACUCUGAGAAGUUUAUCCAGACUUUUUUCAAUCCUGCGUAUUAUUCCGGCUUUUCUAGUAGUCAUGGUGCAAUAGCAGUGGUAAGGAAAUGAAGUUCAAGGAAAGAAAAGAAGUCUGCUUCUAACAGUUGUAUUUUGAAAUAAGAGAACUGGGGAACCUUAGAUCAUUGUAAAUAAUGACACUUGGUUAUAUAAUCACUGCUGAAUUUGUAGGAUAAAUGAGCCAAGAAAUAACAUUUGCAAUACAGUCUUUUCUCCAUGCCCUUUCCUGAAAACAGGAGGAAGGAGUUUUAGGAGAGAAGGGAAGGAUAGAGGAUAUCUUUAGCUGCCACUUCUUCCUUCUCCCAAGCUAACUUUAUGAUCUCCUCCAAGAAGCAGCAUCCAGGUGCUGUCUUAUCAGUACUUCUGUGUCUGAGAUGUACUUUUUUGUGUCCUAAAUAACAGAGAGUUAGAGUUUGGGGUUUCAGCUAUACUUUAAACCUGUAUUUUGUUUUAUGCUUUUUUGAAACUUUUCCAACCUCCUUGAUGGGAAUCUUAUCUUUUAUUUUUCUGGGGUGGGUUACGGAGGAGCAGGCAGCUAAGUACCUGUUCACAAAUUAGAGUAUCAACAACAUCACCAAUGUGCGGUGCAGAUAAUCUGCACGAUAAUCUGGGAAGAUCUGUGAUCAUACAGGUUUCUAAAGAUCCUAGUCCUUAUUUAUUGGAAGAAUAGAGUUGUUCCCAUCAUCCAUAUAGUCAUUAAUGCAGGUUUGCCUUAUCAUUUUGAGAUUCAUUUCUGCUGGCUCUUCAGGUUUCUUGCUGGACAUAUGAUUUGUAAAAGCUACUAACCUAAAUAAUUGUGAGAUGAUGGAAAACGAUGUGGUUUAUGGUCCUACUUUGAGGAGAACAGCUAAUACGUCUGUGUGUGUUAAUUUUUUUAACAUAUUUUACUGAACUUUUUCUUGGGGAAAGAGAUUUAUGCAUUCUUUAAUGUUUCAUGCAUAUUUUAGGAAGUAAUUAAUUAAAAACUUUAUGGGCCAAAUAUUUCAAAUAAUUUCGUGGAUACUUAUAGGGAGUGCACUUUCAUUUGGGGGGAAAUAUGCUUUUAUGGAACAGACUAUGAAACAUUCAAAUAAACACAUUUUAGGUUUUUGUAGUGUACAUAAUGAAGGUUUGAACUAUAGAAGUGCAAACUUUUGAACUGUCAAGCUCACAUUUCGUUAUUGCUGAAGCAGUGAAAUUUUAAAUUUUAUAGUUUAAACUUUGUGGUUACACUGUAUUUUUAAAACAUUUGAGUGUAUAGUGUGAAGUAUUUCCAUAGGUCUAAAGUGCCCAAGUUUAACUGUUGAGAACCUGCAGUGCAAGACGAGGAUUGCUGUAGUCCAGCUCAGUACGCGUGGCCCCCAAGGAGCUGUCGUGCCUCAUUCCAGCAUCUGCUGCUGACCUUUCCCUGGCACUGCUGUGACUCGGGAGCAGUCGCAGAGUGAUCCGGCCUGGUUACCUGGCCCGGCUCCCUUGAGCCAGUGCCAGCACUGGCACGAGGGAGCGGGCCCUGCCAGCAGCCGCUUGUACUUAGAUAGACUUAAAACAGUCAUGGCAUUUUGGCCUUCCUUACAGUUUUAGCAGAAGCGGGGGUUGAAGGAGUCUUUCGGCAGCAUGUUUUGGGGCAAAAUAUUCUCUCUCCACGAUCAUCGAAAGCUGCUGCUGCGCUCAUUGACCAUUGAUUGUAUACUCAUGCAGGACUGAGUGGCACCUUUUUAUGUUACCUUCCCAUGCUUUCUAGUACCUCACUUCUGCGGGUUUGCUAGAACUGCUCCAAAUGUGCAUGCAUGCAUACUUUUUUCUUUCCUUUGUGCUUCUAGGCAUUGAAUAACUUUUGCACUUGCGGAAGAUCACAUUGGUUAAGUUGCAGGAUAGUUGAAAACUAAAAAGUGAUCAUGUUUUCUGAGUUUUUUUCCCCCCAGAUUUAAAAUGUUUAUAGAAAAAUAAUUUCAAUGUUGAUACUGUCUUCCCAGUUUCUUCCCAGUAUUGGGAAAUUAUGGAAAUAGUAAGUCAUUUUCUGAAUUUUCUUAUGCCUUAUUAAAAAAAAAAAAAAAAAAAAAGAAGAGAUCAUAUGAGAAUUAGUACAGAAUAGCACCUGGAGGGGGAUAGUGUGAGAAAAGCUUUUGUUUACAUUAAAUUAAUGCAUAGUUUGUGUUGUGUACUACUGAAGAGGAAUGUAAAGUAGGCAUUAUUUGUCUGCAGAAUUUAUUUAAAAAAGGGCCUUCUGAGGAUUCAGGUAAUUCCCAUGCAGGUUAAGCUUAGUACAGACUUCCCAUAAUGAUAAGCUAUUAUGUGUUCCUAGCUGACAAAUGGAACAUUUGGCAGUAUUUUUAUAUGAUUUUCUUUAACUUAUAUGUUGGUAAUAAAUGGCUUAAAACGUUAAUAAUAAUGCUUUGAAGUACAAAUAACUAAUCGUUGCUAACAAGGACAGAUGCUUUCAGUAAAAACUAAAAUGUAGCCUCAGGGUUAUUGAGCACUUCUGUAGAUGCUUAACUUUGAGCGUGAGAAAUCCACUUUCUUUCUCCUCAAGAUCUCUUUUGUUUUUUCAAGGGUGUCUUAGUUUGAAAAUUAUAUCAAUUUAAUCAAGAUAAUUUCUAGAGUUCAAAAAGUUUUCUUAUCGCAUUGUUUUUUAUUUUUAUGUCCCAUGGUCUUGUUUGUUUUUUAUGAGUGUACACUAAUUUAUAUUACGUACAUCAUACUUUUUUUGAACACAAGUGCAUUUAGUCUCCUCAAUGUCUAAAAUGCAUUUUAACUAACUCUUUCAGUAAUUCCCAAGCGUGAUCUGCAGAUUUCUAGUUGUUUGCAGCUAUUCUGUGGAGCAUGUUGCCUUUGAGAGUCUAAUGAGGGUUAUGCAGUGGAGAAAGGAGAAUAUGGUGAAUUAGACCUGUAGAACAACACUGAGUAAACUCACUCCAGUUUACUGCUUUGAUCUUGGUAUUUACAGCUCAUGAAAUUUUUAGCUGAAAUAAAACAAAUUUUAGUCGUACUAUAAAUAUAAUGCUAAAUCCAGCAAUUAAUAUUCCCAGCAUCUUUAAAAAUCUUAGGAAAGAAUGAAUCUGUGCUUGUUAUUGUAAUGCAGUCUCUGAACUUGUGACUAUCUGUACAUUUAUGUUUCUUUAUUUAAAUGAAAAAUACAACAUGCAGAAGACAUAAAGAGGGUAUGAGAUUCUUAUUUCUUUUAUUUAUUUACAUUUGUCAAAAUAAGUCUUUGUCCAUAAAGACUUUUUAGCUUUUGUACAGCUUUUGUACAGUCUGUACAGUUGUACAGACUUUCUAUGGAAACUCUUAGCUAAUAUCAUUGUAUUUACAAUGGCUCGUCUCCAGACUUGAAUUAUUUUAUAUUAAAAAUUUAAAUGAAAGCAGCUGAGUAGUUAACUGAUGCAAAAUAACUCAAAAUAUUUGUUUACUCUCCAAAGGAGCUCUCUGGUAAUUACAACAGCUGCAAAUAUGAACACUUGGAUAUCUAUUUUCUUCCUGUCAAGAAGAAUGAGAAGUAGAGAUCAUGCAACCUUUGAAUAUGCGUUAGACAAAAAUAUUCUCAAGCUAAAAAAAAAAGACAAAACCACACUAAUUGAGAGGCAUGCCCUCUUUAGCAGAGUACCUUUGCAAUUAGUUUUUUUUCCACAGGUUUUCUUCUUGCAUCUUUUCAAAUAGCUAGAUUCCUUUUAUCACAAAAUAGUCAUUUUUUGCAUUCUGUGCAAAUGUAGUAAUGUGUCUACAGAACUACUUCCCUCAAAAUUCCGACAUUGCUAUAUUUAAAAAAAUAAAGUAAGAAUCAUGUGCUGCCUCUCAGGCUACCUUAGCUUUGACUAUGGUAAACACUUACGUUUUCUUAUCAGAAUGUUUUGUAGAAAGCCUUACCAGCGUACCUUUUUCUCCGCUGUCCUCUUUGUUGGAUUGUGGACAUGUGGAAGGCUUUGUUUAAGCACAUGGUGAUGACACAUGUGAAUAUCUUCUGUCCAGUGGGAGAUUUCUUGGAGAAAAAGUAUGGCAGCCCCACAGUUGUAUGAUGCACAAGUAUAAACAUAGUGAAGCAAAAAGUUGCCUCAUAGACAAACACAUUGCAUUUAUAGGAGACUCUAGAAUUCGACAGCUGUUUUAUUCGUUUAUAAAACUCAUAAAUCCUCAAGUCAGAGAAGAAGGAAAUAAGCAUGGAAACAUUCCUUUUGAAGAUAAAUCUGCUUCAAUUAAAGUGGAUUUCCUGUGGUAUCCAGAAGUUAAUGGCUCUAUGAGGCAACGUAUCAAAUCUUGGACUGAGGCUGCCACGGCAAAACCUCAUAUAAUUGUAGCAGGAGCAGCCACGUGGUCUAUCAAGAUUCACAAUGGCAGCAACGAAGCCCUCACACAGUAUAAAAUCAAUAUCACUUCAAUUGCACCUCUUUUGGAAAAAUUAGCAAAAAGUAGUGAUGUUUACUGGGUCUUACAAGAUCCUGUUUAUGAAGAUAUGCUGAGUGAAAGUCGGAAAAUGAUCACUAAUGAGAAAAUAGAUGCUUAUAAUGAAGCAGCUGUUCGUAUUCUGAACAGCAGCUCCCGAAAUUCCAAAGCUAAGGUUAAAGUGUUCAGUGUAUCAAAGUUGAUAGCACAAGAAACUAUCAUGAAAUCUUCAGAUGGCCUGCAUCUCCCUGAAUCAAGCAGAGAAACAAAUGCAAUGAUUCUCAUGAAUGUCUACUGCAAUAAGAUUUUGAAGCCCAUUGAUGGCUCCUGCUGCCAGCCUCAGCCUCCUCUCACUCUGAUACAGAAGUUAGCUUUCUGUUUCUUUACUUUGUCCAUUUUUGGGUAUUUAAUUAUCAAUUUAAUUCAUCGGAAUAACUAUCGGAAGAACAAAUCAUGCACUGACUUGGAAAAUGGAGAGGAAAAGAAACCUGCUGUCAGUACUCCUACUGUUUCUACUCUAGAGACGCUGUUACACUCCUUCUGCAAACUUGGUCUAAUCAUGACCUAUUUUUAUCUGUGCGACAGAGCAAAUCUUUUCAUGAAGGAAAAUAAAUUCUAUACACAUUCAUCUUUCUUCAUACCAAUCAUCUAUAUCUUGAUUUUGGGGGUAUUUUAUACCGAAAAUACCAAAGAGACUAAAGUGUUAAAUAGAGAACAGACUGAUGAAUGGAAAGGUUGGAUGCAGCUUGUUAUUUUGAUUUAUCAUAUCUCUGGAGCAAGCACGUUUUUGCCUGUGUACAUGCACAUUCGAGUUCUCGUUGCUGCAUAUCUGUUCCAAACAGGUUAUGGGCACUUCUCCUACUUUUGGAUAAAGGGGGACUUUGGUGUAUACAGAGUGUGUCAGGUCUUAUUUCGUCUCAAUUUCUUGGUUGUGGUACUGUGUAUAGUGAUGGACCGACCUUACCAGUUCUACUACUUCGUGCCAUUAGUCACUGUCUGGUUUAUGAUCAUUUAUGUCACCUUAGCUAUAUGGCCUCAGAUAGUCCAGAAGAAAGCAAAUGGGAACUGCUUCUGGCACUUUGGUUUACUGCUGAAACUGAUUUGCUUACUCAUAUGUAUAUAUUUUCUAUCAUAUUCUCAGGGUGCAUUUGAGAAGAUAUUUUCUUUCUGGCCACUGUCCAAGUGUUUUGAACUGAAUGGGAAUGUCUAUGAAUGGUGGUUUAGGUGGAAGUUAGAUCGCUAUGUGGUUUUUCAUGGGAUGCUGUUUGCUUUUAUUUAUCUGGCAUUGCAGAAAUGUCAGGUGCUUUCUGAAGGAAAGGGAGAUCCUCUUUUCUCCAAUAGAGUUUCAAAUGUUUUAUUAUUUAUUUCAAUUGUGUGCUUUUUGACCUACUCUGUUUGGGCUAGUAGCUGUAAAAACAAAACUGACUGCAAUGAACUGCAUCCUUCUGUUUCUGUUGUGCAGAUUUUAGCUUUCAUCCUCAUCAGGAACAUUCCUGGAUAUGUCCGCUCUGUAUACAGCUCAUUCUUUGCCUGGUUUGGCAAAAUUUCUUUAGAGCUUUUCAUCUGCCAAUACCACAUUUGGCUGGCAGCAGACACGAAGGGGAUCUUGGUGCUCAUUCCUGGAUAUCCAAUGCUUAACGUUAUGGUCAGCACUUUCAUAUUUGUGUGUGUGGCACAUGAGAUUUCUCAGAUCACUAAUGAUCUAGCACAGAUUGUUGUUCCUAAAGAUAACCCAACUCUGCUGAAAAGGUUGCUAUGCAUAGGUGGAUUUUUUUCUGGACUACUCCUCUUCUCAGCAGUUCAAGAGCAGUCAAGGCAUUAACUUAAAAAUGUUCUUGAAAACUUUCUUCAGGUUUACUUUGUAUCUGCCUGAAAAAAAAAUACUCAACUGGAGGUACAAGAAGACAUUUAAAUGAAGUGUGUGGAAAAUGUAUAUAGUGGAAAUGUACAUAUUUUGUGUGGAAAUAGCCACCUUCUCUCAAAGAAUCUGAGAAACAGGAAUGCACUGUACAGAAUUGCAUGUGAAAUUAAGUUUUCUACUGGAUAUAAAUUUCUGUUUACAUAUCUGCUUAAACGUAACAUGAAGAAGUGAAGUUAGAUGGUUUAGCAAUACCAUAUGGAUAUCAAGGAAUUAACUUUAUCUUGGGACAGUGGACUGAAUGGUGGAUAUUUACUAGUGUACGGCAUAUAAAUAACAUACUGUAAUCACUCUCAUCAAGGAACUGUUUUUGUAAAAAGAGAGCAAACUUGUGAUCCUUAGUUAAUGGUUACCUUUGGCUGAUGUGAAACAUGAAGUUACUUCCCUGGUAAUCCAGGGUAUUUUUCUAAACAAAUGGUAAUUUCUUGUUUUGGAAUGAGUAUUUUUGAUGGAGCUAGUAUAUGCUAUAUGAAACUCUUUAUACUUUGAAACAAAAAGUCAUCACCAGUUUAGUGAUUUAAGAUUAUACCCAAGUUUACAUAAUGUUUUGUGGGGGUUUUUUAUAUAUUUUAAGACAUUUUCAGAAAUACAGUGAAUUCUGAGAUUAAAUUAUUGUUAAAGAUACAUAGGCAAUUUUAUUUUGAUUUUUCCUAAAAUUGUUUACUUUUUAACAAGUUUUCCACUAAUUCAUUUAACUUUUUACAGUUCUCUGUGGAAUCCCAGUGAACAAACAGAUAAAUAGUUUUCAGAGACUCAGUUGAAUAUUGAGAAGUUCUGGAAAACUCCCAUCCUUUUGCAGUCAGGUGAAAUCCCAUCAUACCCACUUGUCCGUAUCUUACAGAGAAGGAAGAGCAGGGGAACAUUCAUUUUUGAAUCUGUCUCUGAGUUUAUAGGUGACUUUGAACUAGGUCUCACUAGGAAACUGGUGCCAUAUUCUAUUCUGUAAUAUUUUCAUUUAAAAGGAUGAAAGUCAAUCUGUUGAUACCAUGAGGAUGAGGAUUGAGUGGUGGUCUUGUUACAUGCAGCUAAUUCAGUUUCUUAAAAUUUGAAUGAAAUGAGACAAGCUAUUUGAAUGAACCUGUUUUCCCAUGCUGUCUAGCAGUGCCCAUCCUUCAUUAGCACAAAUCGACUCUGAACCCAGUUUUAACUCUUUAGCAUAAAAAGUAAAAUUGAAAGAAAUAGCACUUCCAUGUGGAAGUGGCAGGUUGUGAUUUAAGUUCCACUGAUUCAGUGGAGUUAUGAUAAUUCCUUCCUUGUUUGUGGUUUUGGUUUAAGUAAUGCUUUGAGCUUCAGUUGUCUUUUCAUUUUAUUCUUCUACUGAUUACUUCUUAGCAGUUGAAAAAUGAGUACAGUAUUGUUUUCCAAGCAUAUGUGCAAUUAUAUGUAAGUAUAAACAAUAUGAAUCUUAAUGUAUACUGUAUGUAUUCCAGCACAUACAUGUUUUUGAUGUUAUCUCAGUUGAAAAAAGGAGUUCAAACUUGCAGCCAAAAAUGACUGCAAAGUGAUUUCUGUGAAAGAAUGACUUCAAAUUUUGUUUCAGAAAAGAGAAUACCUUAAGGAAGAUGGGUCCAUUCAAUCAGAAAAAGAAAAAAUAUUCAUUUAACUCUCCAAAAAUGGAUUCAUUGAGCAGUUUUGCUAAGUCAGCCAGCUAUUUUGAUAAGCUAUUGGAAAGAUAACUAUCUGUUAAUUUGUGUACAUUAUUUCCAAUGUUUGGGAAGUUAUCCUCAUUUAUCAGUACAUUUGAAUUACUGAAACAAAUGGUAUAGGUGAACACUGUAGUGGUGGAUAGGACACACGACCUUCAUCUAUACUAGCAUUAGGAGCAAUGGAGAACUGUGAGUUUGAGGGAUAUUUUUUUGUUUUGUUCUUCACAAGCUAAGUAUUGUAGAUACAAUUUUAUUUAUCUGUUGUACAGAUUUGGUUAAAAGAUUUAUUUUUAAUGUCUGAAUUAAUGCACUUGUUUACUAUUGCUGUAUGUGGGAUAAAUAUAUUUUCUUUUAAGGUUAUGUGAAACUAUUAAGUAAUUUAAACAUUAAAUAAAUGUGCUGUGGAUGCUUAUUUUUGUAAUGGGAGGAGCAUCAAUUAAGUAAAAACUUUUUCUUGUUUGACUCUA